AAAGUCUUGUGAUAAAUAACAGCACAUGUGUGAAGUGCUAAAUCGCUAAAUGCUGAUGUAUUAUAUUUUAAGACUACCUAGUGUUUUUGAAUACUCAAGAAUUAAGGUAUACUAAUAAACAAAAUAAUAUUAUCUGCUCAAUAUGCCCAAAGUGAAAAAGGAAAAAGGUCCUAGUGACUAUGGCAGACAAGGAAUAAUGUUCAAAAAAGAUUUUGGACAACAUAUAUUGAAAAAUCCACUUAUUAUUCAAGGAAUGGUAGAGAAGUCAGCUUUAUUACCUACAGAUACUGUACUUGAAAUUGGCCCUGGAACAGGAAACUUAACUGUUAAGUUAUUGGAACGUGUUAAGACAGUGGUAGCUUGUGAAAUUGAUGUUAGGUUAGUGGCCGAGUUGAAAAAGCGUGUUAUGAACACUCCUUACCAAAAUAAAUUGCAAAUAAGAGUUGGAGAUGUCCUUAAAUCUGAAUUACCAUUUUUCAAUGUAGUUGUAGCUAAUAUUCCGUAUCAAAUAUCAUCUCCUCUGGUUUUCAAGUUACUUUCACACAGGCCUUUUUUCCGGUGUGCUGUACUCAUGUUCCAACGAGAAUUCGCAUAUCGUCUUGUGGCCAAGCCUGGUGACAAACUUUACUGCCGUUUAUCAAUCAACACUCAGCUAUUAGCUAGAGUUGAUCUUAUAAUGAAAGUUGGAAAAAAUAAUUUUAGACCUCCACCAAAAGUAGAGUCCAAUGUGGUGCGUAUAGAACCUCGUAAUCCACCACCUGCCAUUAACUUCAAGGAAUGGGAUGGCUUAACAAGAAUUGCAUUCUCCAGGAAAAAUAAAACAUUAGGUGCAAUUUUUAAACAAAAUGCUGUUGCAGUAACAUUAGAGAAAAAUUAUAGAGUAUAUUGUUCUUUAAAAAAUCAAGAAAUAGGAGACGACUUUGAUAUUAAACAAAAACUGGACGAUGUUCUAAACAAAAAUGAUUUAUGUGACAAAAGAGCUAGAAAAAUGGAUAUAGAUGAAUUUAUUGAGCUACUACUCGCAUUUAAUAAAGAAGGAAUACAUUUUCAAUGAACAAAAAAAAAUCAUUUUUAAUUUAAAACUGCUACAACUUGGACUUGAAAAAUAAAGAAAUUUGUUCAAGUAUAGAAUCAUUUUUUUUUAAGUUAUUUACAAUUUUAGUGGGAUUUAUAAGUAAUAAAAAUUAAGUUUAUUUUUUAUUUAAUUUUAAUAUUAUUAACUCCCUUUUUAUUUUGUCAGUAUAAAAAUAUAAUAAUUUUUUUAUAGUCUUCCCCAAUAACUAGAUAGAUGGCUAUUUAAGGAACGUGGCUGUUGUUAAUCAGUUAUUAGUUCCCAGACUUGUUUCUCUGAACAGUAAUCACUAAUCAUUUAUAAUUAAACAAAUUGUAUUGAAAUAAACUAUAUGCAUUAUGCGCGUAUUCAGUAUUGUAAACUAAUAAAUGUAGCUAAUUUUAAUAUAAAAAUUAUUUUAAAAAAAACAUUAGCUCAUUUAUUGAGUUUAAAGCGUCACCAUUAUUAUUCCAAAUUGUCUGGCGAGUGUACACUGUAUAUCUGUAUAUUGUGGGGAAAAGUUAUAAAUAAUUAAAUAUUUUUGAUGGUGUCUAGAGCUAAAAAACAAUUUUUAUAAUUUUUUAUUAACACGUUAAGUGCCAUGAGGCCGCCGGCUGCCGCACCAUAUUAUUCCUAGGAGGCCAUACGGCCGCAGGCUGCCUCAAAACCAAUGUAUAUUCCUACCUGUUUUAUAUGAUUGGCGCUGUAGUUAUGCUUCUAAAUCUAAUGUUGGAAUCAUAUUUUUAGACCAAAUACUUCCCGAGAUAAUGCUGAUAACAUUUCACGAAUGUCAACAUUAAAAACCCGAUAACGUUUUAAAAAUACCAUUAAGUAAGGCCGCCGGCGGCCGCAUGGCACUCAACGUGUUAAGUAUAAUAAUUGUAUACCUUAUGAAAAUUUAAAAAAAAAAAUGGUAUGGUUUAGGUAUACUUUCAUGAAGCAAUAAACUAUUAUAUUUUUAGAUAUAAAUUAUAAUGUACAUUAAACUUUAUCCGCUUAAUUUUAGUAUUUACAGGUACAUGCUGCUUUGUGAAACUAAUUUUUUACAUUUAAAAUAUUUAAUUACAAAUUAUGAAGUCAUACUUUUUAAAUACAAGAUUACAUUUUUGAGAUUUAAAUUGUGCAUUAAGUUUAAUAUAUUGGUAUA